CACUGGAGCUUAGAAUAUAGACAAAACUUUUUCUCUCUCGGGCUUUUAUAUUAAAAUCUGUCUUCAUUCUCUGCUCUGUGGAGGUUUCCACACGCUUUACAACACCGGCUUUGCGCAUUUCCUCUGAGAGAUUUGCGUCUUUGCGCUAAUUUAAGUGAAGUUUCUGAACUUUAUCUACAUUGAAAUGGAAUAUGAGGAGUUCCCCAGAGACAGCCUAUCGAGAUUUUGAGUAAAUCCCCGGGCAGCCGCUGUGACCGCUCCUCUCCCAGAUGAAGAUGGAUCCCCCUGCCGUGCGCGUCCUCCACACUCUGCUGGUGCUCAUGAUCCUGCCCGCGGUUGCCUCAGUCCCCUGCCCCCGGCCCUGCUCCUGCCCCCAGCCCGCUGAGCUCCACUGCACCUUCCGCUCCCUGGUCACCAUCCCAUCUGCUGUGUCCAAACACGUGGAACGCAUGAACCUGGGGUUCAACAGCAUUAAUAGGAUUACAGACAAAUCGCUGGCUGGUCUGAGGAAGCUGGAGCUCCUGAUGAUUCAUGGGAAUGACAUCCACAGUCUCCCCCAUGGAGUGUUCAGGGACCUCUCUUCACUGCAGAUGUUAAAGAUGAGCUACAACAAGCUGAAGGAGAUCAACAGGCACACCUUUCACGGUCUGUGGGCCCUGGCGCGGUUACACCUGGACCACAACCGACUGGAAUUCAUCCACCCGGACGCCUUCCAGGGUCUCACCUCCCUGCGGCUGCUGCAGCUGGAAGGCAACCGGCUUCAGCAGCUGCACCCAGCCACCUUCACCACCUUCACUCUGAUGGGCCACUUCCACUUGUCCACUCUGAGGCACCUUUAUCUGUCGGACAACGGGCUGACGUCGCUGCCUGACACGCUGCUGGCGACCAUGCCUCAGCUGGAGAACCUGUACCUCCAUGGAAACCCGUGGAUGUGUGACUGCAACAUGAGGUGGCUCCGUGACUGGAAUAAAAGCUCACCAGGAGUCUUGAAAUGCAAAAAGGACCGAGCCCUUCCUGGAGGUCAGCUGUGUUCCAUGUGUUCCUCUCCCAGACAUCUCCGGAGAAAGGAACUCCAGGCUGUGGAGAACCUGGCCUGCAGCAGCCCCGUCAUCAGCUCCCCUCAGAGAACGUCCCCACCUGAUGAUGUCGAGAGUGAGGUCAUGACUAAGGAGGACUUCGGGGACCCAUUUGGAAACAUCUCCCUGAGCUUGUCGGAUGAACAUGGAAAUGAAGUGGAUCUCAAGUGUGGCGUUGGCGAGCCAAGAGAGCUCACCAAGAUCAGCUGGGAGCAGACUGACCAGCUGCAGCUGGCAUCCAACAUCACUUUGUCAGUGGAUCUUGAAUGCCCUGUCGAUAGAGAAAAGUAUGAACAACUGUGGAGGCUGAUCGCAUACUACAGCAGUGUGCCAGCUCACUUACAAAGAGGGGCUCUGCUCACAAAGGAGCCUCAUCCAACCUAUGUGUACAGACAGGACUCUGAGAAGGAUGCCCAGUACUUCACAGGUGUUAAAGUUAAUGUCAUGGCCCAGCCUGAAUGGCUGAUGCAGACAUCUGCAGAACUUCAGCUGAACAGACUUCAAUCAUCAGCCAAUAUGGUGAAAUUGAUCCUGAGCACAGACCUCUCAGAGACAGUGGAGGCGGAGCUGGUGCGGAGACAGAGGAGGGCAUGGGUCAUGAUUGAGUCAACAAACACGACUCGUAAAGUGUUGAGUGCUAUCCUGGGAAGUCCCAGUCAAAUGUACUGUAACGUGCAAAGCUCUGGCCGGCCAGUCAUCCGCUGGAUGCUGCCAGAUGGCUCCAAGAUAGAGGCACCAUACAGCAGCCCAGACAACAGGGUGUCUGUGUCCAAUGAUGGACAGCUGGUCAUUAAAGCUGUCAGCCACACAGACACUGGAAUUUACUACUGCAUAGCCAAGGUUGAUGGAGACCUUGCUGUCCUGCCGUUCCAUCUGACAGUGCAGGACUCCUCUAGCCCUCCGCCAGGAGAGGAUGCCUCAGCUACACCUAUCCAGGGAUUUGCAGGGAACCCUAUCUCCCUGCCUUGCACCGCAUCUGGUUCCCCUGAUGCUGAAAUUAACUGGAUUCUGCCAAACAGCAACAUAGUUAGUUUCCAAGCAAACUCCUCAAGCGCAUCGGUCUAUCCCAACGGCACUCUGCAUAUCCCACAGACUCAGCUUCAGGAUGGUGGUUACUAUAAAUGCAUCGCCAUUAAUCAACACGGUGUGGAUACACUGGCGACAAAAGUCACUCUGGUCCAGCGCAAAGGACUGAUAAGGCCUCUGAGGAAGUUUCCAGCAAGGCCUCAGUCAGCAUCAGGGGUCAACACUCAGAUUCAAGUCCACACAGAGGAUGCAGAGGAGGCAUCAGGGGACAGUGAGGUUACUCAGGUGGGGCCUCCAGUGAGCCGGUCGGACCCUUUGAGAAGGAGAAUUCCAGGAGGCGUGGCCCCUGGCAGGAGGGGCGUCCAUGCAUCAAGGAACACGUGGCGGAGGCCGGGGCCACAACGAAAACCGUCAGGAUCACGCGUCGAAGACAGGAAGAAAAUUGUUGAGAGCAGGAGGAAAAUUAAUAUGUCAAAGAGUAAAAUAGACCCAGAGAAAUGGGCGGAUAUUUUGGCAAAGAUUAGGGAUCGAAAUGCUCAGAGUACUGCGCUGCCACUCCCAACUCAGCCGGCAACAGAGAGGACACUGACAGAGCAGACAGCACAGACACAAGAUACUCUUGAGGGCUCAUCAGAUGGAAUGAGUGUGCAGGAAAAAGAGGGUCAGGAUUACUUCACAACGCCACACACUCCCGCACAACCUACACAGAUGAAAACAAAUGAACAGAAAGCGCAAGGCCAAGGCGCGCGUGUGACAUCUAAUAGCUACAUUACACAUAAUACACAAGAUACGACAUCAAAGAGUCAGCGCACACACAGCGGACAUUAUACAACACAGACUACAUACACUGUACAGCACACAACCCAGGACGCAAACUUGGAUUUACACACAACUUCAAACAGUGUAUUUUUCCUCCCACAGACCACAACUGUUCCCCUACAUGCUGUCACUUUCUGGCAGGCUAACACAAACACAGCGAGCAGCAGCGCUACAUUUUCUCUACAAGAGAACCAUAGCACAAAUACAGAUGUUGAUGGAGUCAAAACAGCUGAUGGUUCCAAGGAGAGGAGGGAGAAUAUGGGUAGACCGACCGCCAUUGCCAGCUCUAAUAAUAAUGAUGGAGAACUCUUUUCAAGGGGAAGUCAAAUUAUCUCCUCAGUCAGCCCAAAUGAGUCAGAAACAAGCCAAGAGGAAAAUGGAAAAUAUCUCGGCGCGACUGCAACAACAGCACAGUCGCACACUCGGCCAAAGGACACAUUUGACGAUUUGCAAUCUCAAGCAAUGCUAACAACAGUGUCUCCAACAACUCCGCUCGUGCCCACCACAACCAGACGGAAGGGCUCUGACGAACCCCCGCGUCUACGACAACCCAACUCCAGGAGAAAGAAUGGGGGUCGUCGGAGAAGGCCAAACAGACGGAAACAAAAGCAGAGCAAACCCACCCAGUUUAUUGCCACCACACCUGCAAAUGUUCCCCUCACACCGGUAAAGACCACUGCCUCUACGCAGCUAAAAAUACACCCAUUAGAAGUUACAACAGCCAAUUUCAAUACCACUGUUCCAUUCAGCAGCAGCCAAGCAGCAUCAUCAGGCAGUCUGAGUCAUGAAGAGAGCGCAGUCUCAGGGCUUGACGAAGAGGCAGCCACCAACCUGGCUUCUCCCUCUGAAACACACGACAGCCAUUUGCCCUCGGCCAAACCGCUAUUCAAAAGCACAUCAGCGGCACCAUCGUUUCCAGCAGCCUCUCCAGGAGUGGGUCACGGAAAGACGAGUUCUCAAACAGCCUUGAGAAUAUCAGAGAGUGCGUCUCCUCCUGAGCGCUUGGAUGUGCUCACAUCAAGCACUCAGCGGGGGUUUACAGGCAGCGCUCUUCCACCUGUUAAACCCUCAGAGGAAACACAAAGGGCAAGCAUUACGGGAGACCUUGGACCUACGCCACGCUCUGACAAUUCCUCCGGGGGUUUUCACACUGAAACGCAAGUGCAAACAGAUGUUGGGCAGAAUCAAUCUGACCAUCAACACACACACGUGGAAAAGGGUGAAAAUAAGCUUUUGAAAGAGACUGACAUGGAUUUUUCACUGCUGCCACCCCCCUUUGCCUCAACUGCUUCCUCGAUGGAGCAUGAAAUUGAGAAAAACAAUGGCUUAAUUACGACGCCAAGCAUGCCCUUUCAGAGUGAUUUGGACACAGAUCAGUUUACCACAAAGACACCGACAGUACCUGAAAGAUCCCAUCAUACUUCUAAUGACAAUGAAACCACACGCAGUGAGUCAGAGGUAGAUACGCAUCUUAAAGACACUGCUACCAUAGGAAUGAAUCUUAGUGCUUCUUCCACAAAUAUCGUCAUGACAACACCUCCGACAGCUACUUCAUCAAAGCCUGAUGCUGUGAUCCCAUCCACAGUGACGCCACCUGUCACACCACCCCAAACUACAGGAGCCAAAAUGGGCCCUACAUUGAAGGCAACUUCCCAAGAGGCCCCCGGGGUCAACAGUAUUCCAGACCAACACAUCCAACCCAGCAUCACAUCAGCCCAGUCCACUGAACUGCCUCUAUUUACUACUACAAAUCCAACUUCCCCAGCCCAAAAUAUAACCAGCGGGCAGACAAUCAAGCAGACGACCGCCCCGGCCCCGACAACUGCUGCAAUCCAAACUGAUCCAUCCAAAGAGGGACCUUUAACGAGCACUCAGGAUGUGUCCGGAAAGCACCAGCUACCUGGACAGGGAUCGGUUCCAAGAGGGAAGCCAAGGAUAACGAAGAGCAAUUUCCAGACGUUCACUGUGGAAGCUGAAACAGAUGCUGAGCUGCCCUGUGAGGCCGAGGGGGAGCCAAUGCCCUUCCUGUCGUGGACUAAAGUCGCCAGUGGGGCGAGUAUUGCUCAGAACACCAGGGUCCAGAGGUUUGAGGUCUAUCCCAAUGGUACGUUAAUCAUCAGGAAUGCACAGCCCACAGAUGGAGGUCAGUACCUCUGCACAGUCCAGAACCAGUACGGCACAGACAAGAUGGUCGUCAACCUUGUGGUCCUGUCUCAGCAUCCACGGGUCCUCCAGCCUCAGCACCGAGACAUCACUGUGCCCCUCGGAGGCCAGGUCGAUUUAGAGUGUAUUGCGGAGGGGCAACCUAUGCCUCGAGUCACGUGGGUGCUCCCGAACCAUGUCCACGUGGCUGCUGCCCCUCUUGGUGUUGCCUCUCAGCAGCGUGUGGCCAUCUUGAGUAAUGGGACACUCCGGAUCAGCCAGGCCACUCACACAGACAGAGGGAUUUAUAAGUGCAUUGGCAGCAGUGCAGCUGGAGCCCACACAGUCUCAGUCCGCCUUUAUGUCUCGGUGUUGCCACCUGUGAUCCAGCAGGCGCAACAUGAGAACGCCACCCUCCCAGAGGGCAGCACCGCCUACAUUCACUGCACUGCCACAGGUGCCCCUCAGCCUGUCAUCCGCUGGAUCACACCCGAUGGCGUACAGCUUACUGCCUCCCAGUUUAUGACCGGACGCAACCUCUUCGUCUUCCCCAAUGGGACCCUGUACAUACAGGCAUUUGGCCAAGGGAAUGCUGGGAGAUACGAGUGCUCAGCCAGUAACAUGGUGGCAUCCAGCAGGAGAACGGUUAUCUUGAGCAUAAGGAGAAACCAAUCCUCUGCCAAGACCAGUAUCACAUCUUCUUCCCCCCAGAGCACGGAUGUGAUUUAUGGGGGGAGGCUGUUGCUCAACUGUGUGGCAACAGGAAGACCAGAGCCCCGGAUCACCUGGAGGACACCCUCUAAGAAGCUGGUGGAUGCUCAGUACAGUUUUGACCCCAGGAUCAAGGUCUUCCCCAACGGCACCAUAUCUGUUCACUCUGUGACCAACAAGGACAGCGGCGACUACCUGUGUGUGGCACGAAACAAGUUGGGUGAUGACUAUGUUCUGCUGCGGGUCAACGUGCUGACCAGGCCGGCAAAGAUCGAGCAGAAGCAGCAGAGAUCCAGUCAGGAGGUGGUGUACGGUGGAGACCUGAAGGUGGACUGCGUGGCCUCUGGUCUCCCCAACCCGGAGAUCAGCUGGGCACUGCCGGAUGGCACCAUGAUCAACCCGGUGAAACAAAGAGAUGCCAGCGGGGGACGCACUCGCAGGUAUGUGGUGUUUGACAAUGGAACGCUGUUCUUCAACCACGUCGGCAUGCCAGAGGAAGGUGAUUACACCUGCUACGCCGAGAACCAACUUGGCAAAGACGAGAUGAAAGUCAGCGUCAAGGUUAAGGUUGCAACUUCCCCACCAAAAAUCCAGGAUAAAGACCAAAAGACCAUCAGGGUUUUCUACGGUGAGACGGUUACACUGAGAUGUAACGCCAAAGGAGAACCAGUGCCAGUCAUCACAUGGAUAUCUCCUACAAAUAGAGUGAUCUCCCCAGCAUUAGACAAAUACCAGGUCCUGGAUGAUGGGACACUGGUGGUGCAAAAGGUCCAGCGUUUUGAUGGAGGUAACUACACCUGCAUGUCCAGGAACAGUGCAGGACAAGACCAUAAAGUCGUCAGGCUUGAGGUCCUGGUAACAUCUCCAAUGAUCAAUGGGUUAAUAGGAACUGCCAACGCCAUAAAGGUGACCGCAGUCCAGGAUCAGCGGAAGCUGGUGGACUGUGUGGCAAAGGGAACCCCCACCCCUCGCAUCAUGUGGGUUCUACCAGGAAAUGUGAUCCUUCCUGCUCCAUACUACAGCAACAGAAUGACAGUUCACCAGAAUGGUACUUUGGAAAUCCGGUCAGCCAAGAGGACGGACUCGGGGCAGCUGGUAUGCAUCGCUCGUAAUGAAGGAGGAGAAGUCAGGCUGAUGGUCAGCUUGGAUGUGAAGCAGGCAGUCGAGAGGCCACAAAUUAGAGGCCCCAAGACAGAUAGCCUUUCGCUGACUGUGGGGAACGCCAUGACUUUGAAUUGCUCCUUUGAGGGCUUGACACUACCUCACGCCACUUGGAUCUUACCCAAUGGCACGCCUUUGCAAAUCGGUGCUCGGUUCUCUAAGUUUUACCACAAGCCUGACGGCUCUUUGAUCAUUAGCAACCCCUCUGUCUCCGAAGCUGGUAUCUACCGCUGUCUGGGGCGUAACUCUCGAGGGCUUGUGGAGCGUAUAAUCACAUUGACCCCGGGGAGAAAGCCAGAGAUCAACAACAGAUACAAUGCACCUGUCAGCGUCAUGAAUGGGGAAAGCCUUUUUCUCCAUUGUCUAACCAGUGGGGAACCUCUCAGACUAACAUGGACACUACCCAGUGGGGUUGUCCUCAACAGGCCACAGAGAGCUGGACGAUAUGCUGUCCUGCCUAAUGGGACACUUGCCAUCCAGCAAGUAUCAGUCUACGAUCGGGGGUCCUACGUUUGCCGAGCUGCAAAUGAGUAUGGCAGCUCUAUGCUUUCUGUGUCAGUAAUUGUGAUUGCAUACCCACCUAGAAUCACCAACGGCCCUCCCUCUGUGACUUACGCUAAACGUGGCGUUGCUGUUCAGUUGAACUGCGCUGCGACUGGGAUCCCUAAAGUGGAGGUAGCGUGGGAAACACCUGAUAAAACCCGCUUGGUUGUCAGUGCACAGCCACGCCUUUUUGGAAACAAGUACGUCCAUCCACAAGGUUCCCUCAUCAUCCAGAACCCGACCCAAAGGGAUGCUGGUGUCUAUCGAUGUACGGCUAGGAACGCCAUUGGCGUAGACUCUAAAGCCACCGUUCUCAACGUGUUCUGAGGAAUUUCACUGUUCGUCAUGGUCCUUUGCCAUGCUGUAUGCCCGAGCAACUGCCUAGUUAAAAGCAGCUAAUGUUUUUAAUGAUCAAAAUGAUGUAAAAACUGCUGUCACAUUGAUGGAAUAAUGAAUUAAAGCCUUCAGCGUGUGCUGUGUAGAGGCACAAAGUUGACGAUGCACCAUUUUGUGUAUGAUCCACAUCACUGGGAAUUAUCAAUGUGCCUUCCAUUUCAAGCAUUUAGAUACGUCCAAUAGCAAUGUUUGCUAAAGAACUGCUCAUCAUGUGGGAAAGCAGACUACAAUGAUGCCUAGUCAUAUGUUCCAGUUAUUUCUCGGACAUGGUUUCUGUUGUUGUUGCAAUGUAGUCAUUAUUUUUGGACACCUUUCAGUUGUGUUUUACAGCUGUGGGCCCCUCAUCCCACAAGGUAAUGACACAGAUGCGUAGUUGUAGUUAACUGAUUGGAUAUAUGCAGGCCAAAUACCAUAAUAAACUAUAUUUCAAAUCACUCAGGGAGUUGGGGCACAAAGGUGAAAAACAUACAAGAAAAAAAUGACCAACCAAUCAGGUAACUACCACUGCUCUUCUAUGCCAUCACCUUGUGGAAGAUCGCUCUAUAAAUUGUAUAUAGGUCACAUAACCCAUGCCUAUACAGGAAGAUGGUUAAUAACACAGAGAACCCAAAUUCCUUUUAGGAGGCGGUCAUCCAAGGUGUAAUUUGACAAUUGUAGUGUUUUGGUUUUCUUUCUUUCUUUUCAAGGAAGGAGAUAACACAAUGUCAGCCUGUUCUCAUUCCCAGGUCAUCAGAUACUCUUUCUGUUAACUCUAAUGUAAACCCAUCUGCAGCAAUAUUUGACACUUAACCAGUCUGGUAUGGUACAGUUCAGUUUGGUACGCUUUUUUCUGUUUCCACUGUGAAAAGUUGUGGAUGGUACCAAUGGAGCCGUUCCGUACCGUCCACAUUUCUGGUCACCUGUCUGCUCAACCACGACACGCGAUCCAGGCGUAGCUGCGAUACGAGGGAACCUGCGAGACAAUGAAGCCGAGUUAGUGACAGACACUUUUAGUAAUGAAUGGAUCUUCAAGUGUUUAGAAAUGUACUAUUUUAGACAGGAUUAUGUGAACUGCAUGUAUUCUAAUCCUCACAUGGAGGAAAGAAUCGGUCGUUCCUGUGGGCUUCGGCAGCACUUAACCUCUGAGCUUGCCUGAGAAGGACUAAAUACACAAACCUGCUAUUUUUGGGGGGCUUUUAUGCUUUUAAUUGACAGGAUAGUGAAGUAUGAAGGGGGGAGAGAAAAGGGAUGACACGCAGCAAAGGGCUGCAGGCUGGAAUCGAAGGCGCGGCCUUAGUACAUGGGGCGCCUGCUCUAUCCACUAAUCCACCGACGCCCAAAACCUGCUAUUUUUAAAUAUCCAAUGGAAACGCUAGGGUCUAGGUACCAUGUCUGAAGGGUUACUGUUGGUUCCAAAGGUACCCUACCGAAAGUAUUUGGUGGAAAAGUUUGUCUCAUACUUACACCAAUCAUGAGAUGUAUUAACUAGCGAUGUCCAAAUGAAGCUUCAUGAACCACCAGUUGUAUUUGCUGAACCCACUAGAUGGCGCUCUUGGUGUAAUGACAAAGGCUCAAGGGAUGGCAAUGCAGUUUGGUUUCAACCCUUUGUUGAACAAAGAGUGCCAGAGUGAACCCAAAAAAUGAAGAAAAUGGUUCAUGAAGCUUCAUUUGGCCAUUACUAGUAUUAACGUCGCAUUACAUACUUACUUUAACCCAACACAUGAUCUUUUUCCUCGACCCAACCAAGUAGUUUUGUUACCUAAACCUAAAUACAACUGUCCGACGUUAACCAUGUGUUAAAACAUGUUUCAUUCAGGAGAAAGCUGAUGCACGUGUCUGUAUUUGAUGACCUGGGACAAGAACAUGUUGGCAGUAGAACUAAGGUAACCAAAUGAUACCACAUGAGCAAAUACUUCCUGUAGCAUCAUCAGCUGUACACGUACCUGCGUAACUUUUUCUAACUAGAAAAUACUGUUUAACUUAAUUGCGGAAUCGAUUGAAAAUAUGUGUUGCUAUGUUGUUUUUAAAGGUAGAUUUAUAUUUUCUCCAAAUCUGAGACAUCAGUUCAAUAACGUCUCUCAUGGCAAGUAUUUUCUGUGUGUUUCUAUAACUGGAUAUAUUUCAAUAACUGAUUGUUUCCUGCUCUCCGCAGUGUGCAUCGUCUUUGAAUCUGCAUGUGAAGAAUGCUGAUGCAGGUUCUACGUCCUUAUGUGUAAAUUAUUUGUCUUUGAGACUGAUGCAAAGCAGUGUCCCCAUAUUUCAAUAAAAC